UUUUACAGUUUUAUAAUGAAAUGCACUCUCGUAUGUAUCAGAAACAUAAUCAAUUACCAUCGUAUAUUACUUAUUCAAUAGCAGUUAAGUAAAAAAAAUAUCACUAUUCAUUAUAAAAAUUUCAUUUUGCGUUUUAAUCACAAGUUUUUGUUGGAAGUUAUCUACAGUGUUAUAUAUCAGAAUCGAGUUAUAAGUUGGUAUAUUAAUACUUUAAAGAACGUUUUACAAAUAACAGGUUUUAAAAUCUCAAAUGGCUACCUUACAGUCUACAAUUACUUUUAAGCAGCGUAAAAGAACAUGUUUGGGAAACAAAAAUAAGGCUAAUAUUGAAAAUGAAAACAUUUUAAACAUAGACUGUGCAGUUCAGAAAAGGAGAGUGUCCAAAAACUCCUUAACUGAUGAUGAUUGUUCUCCACCAAAGAUUAGUAAAACAAAAAGCAUCACCAAAGACCAAAAUCGAGAUAAUGUAAUAGAUGGGGCUCAUAACCUAUUACAACCCUUAACAAGUAGAGAGAGUGAAAUUGAAUUUUUGGAUUCAUUUUUGACUGAAAAUCUUGAUGAAGAAAAUUCUGCAUCAUUGUAUAUUUCUGGACAACCUGGAACUGGUAAAACAGCCAGUUUAUCUUACAUUUUACAAUUAGAGAAGUUCAAAAAAGGAUUUAAACAAAUUUAUAUAAACUGCACAAUGGUGAAAUCUGCUGCAAGUAUAUAUGGUAGAUUUUGUAAAGAGUUACAACUUAAAACAUCAGGGACAAGUGAAAAAGCAUGUCUAAAUGCAAUUGAGAAAUAUUUAACCAAAGAACAUAAAAUGAUACUCCUAGUUUUAGAUGAAAUAGAUCAAUUAGAUAGUAAGCGACAAUCUGUCCUAUAUACAAUAUUUGAAUGGCCGGCACUUCCUGAUUCACGGAUUGUAUUAAUAGGCAUAGCCAAUGCCUUAGAUCUCACAGAGAGGACACUUCCUCGGCUGCAAGCUAGAUGCUCUUUAAGGCCUUUGACCCUACAUUUUGCUCCAUACACAAAGCAACAAAUCAUAAACAUUUUUACGAAAGUUUUAGCAAAUCAGGAUAACACCAAUGUUUUUUCACCUCCAGCUUUACAAAUGUUAGCAGCUAAGAUAGCUGCAGUAUCUGGAGAUAUGAGAAGAGCCCUGGAUAUAGGACGGAGAGUUAUAGAAUUAGCUAAACGCAGCAAGUUUGCUGAACAUAAAUCAGUGGACACUAUCAUGAAUGACUCUACUGUAACCGUAGAGUUAAAACAAGUCCUAGAAGUCUUAAAUGAUGUUUAUGGCGGUUCCAGAAAGAUUGAUACAGAUGUAGAGGAAGGAAUGCCUAUGCAGCAGAAAUUAAUUUUAUGUAGUUUGUUGUUAAUGCUCACGAAAGGGAAAAACAAAGAAAUUGUUAUGGGCAAACUACAUGAUGUUUAUAAAAAGGUGGCCGCAUCCCGCAACAUCGCCGCAUUGGACAUGAGCGAGAUGUCGGGCGCGUGCGCGUUGCUGGAGGCGCGCGGCGCGCUGCGCGUGGGCGCGGGCGCGUCGCGCGCGCGCCGCCUGCGCCUCAACUGGGACCAGGCCGAGCUCGCCGCCGCGCUCGCUGACAAGCCGCUGCUGUCGGCCAUACUGGCUAAUAGUAACGUGUUGUCCUAGCGCCCCUCUAUAACGCAUAUAGGAUGUCAGCACUCAGCAGCCACAGAUUGUUGUAGUAUGAUUGUUGGUACUUGUAGUGGUACGCUAGAAAAAAAUGCUUAUAAAACCCGCCGCCAUUUGUCUUCUCCGAUAAAUUCUUAAGACUACUUGACAGAAGAUACGUCGACCUUUGCCAUCCGCAUGCGUGCUUACAUAUAGGAUUGUGUUUUCUUAGACACAAUUAAUUAAUUAAUUUGUUGUUUAAAUAUUUUUAUGCAAUCAGCGUCUUAAAAACUAUAGGUUCCAUUUAUCAUAGUAUUCCUAAUCUGCGAUGUUUUAGCCAACUAUUUUAAUCGGUCAUUAGAUGAAGAGCCUUCCUAUCAAACUGGAUAAGUUAGUUAGCUGCGACAUAUUAUGGGAUAAGCCCUUUCUGUUUUACAAGACCUAGUACCGAAUUAUAAUAGAAAUUGACAAAAAA